AUGCGUGCCCGUUCAUCUUCAACGUCUGCAGCUGGAGGUAGUCAAUCCAGUUUUUCGGCUCGUAGACUCUCUCAACAUAUAACAGGCAUGGUUACUGGACCUUGGACAAGAAACUCCCAAUCAGGCUCUAGUUUAGAAGUUCCAAACCAUUUCGUGCCAGAAGCAACACCAGAGCUACCACCCUCCACAACCUUGGCUGUUUCUUUAGAUGGAGAUACGCCACCUGUACUUAGGCCUAACCAAAUUUACAGAGUAUAUGCUGCCCAGAUACGCAUAGAGCUGAGGGUAGAAGAAAUAGCGACAGUAAAGACUCGUGAAACAAAUGAACAGAAUUUAAAGAUGGACAGAAUCGAUCAAACGAAGACAACGUACUUUAAUAUAUCAUACAAGGUUUGGGGAAAUGAACCAACUGGCAAGUAA